GCGGCUGCUUCACGACGUCGAAUAAUUCGCGGCAGCCGAGUUCCAGUGCUUGGGUAUAGAAUUUUGUGCUGAAAUUAUCGUAAAAUUAGUGGUGAAACACUCAUAAAACACUUAUUAUCGCUCUGCAUUCGGCCAAUUUUUUUCCAAGCGCUUGCAGUGAGCUAAUUGGCGUUUACAAAGUAAGCUUAUAGCGAGAAUUAUUCCAACCUGAAGUUUUUCGCAUUGAAUAGCCAAAAGAAAGAAAACUCUUCUCACGCGCACUCACACACGUACGUCUAGCGCGACAGACACAUUCAAUCCCAAGUCCCGUCGUCAGGAAAAAAGCGUGUAAGGAAAGCAACAACCAGCCACCAGUGAAGCGUCUCGGAAAAGCGUCUACCGGGUCGGAGGUUGGACUAGCCGGGAACGAAGCAAGGGGCAGAAGGUGUCUGUAAACAAAUCAAUCGAGAAAUGCCAGAUUAUAGCGAUUUAGACCGGCAGAUAGAACAAUUGAAACGCUGCGAGAUCAUCAAGGAGAAUGAGGUGAAGGCUCUAUGCGCGAAGGCUCGCGAAAUUCUGGUCGAAGAAGGAAACGUUCAGCGGGUCGAUUCUCCGGUAACGGUAUGCGGUGAUAUUCAUGGUCAAUUCUAUGAUCUUAAGGAGCUGUUCAAAGUCGGAGGCGAUGUGCCCGAGACUAACUACCUGUUUAUGGGAGAUUUUGUAGAUCGGGGCUACUACAGUGUGGAAACGUUUCUACUGCUGUUAGCACUGAAGGUACGCUACCCGGAUCGUAUUACGCUUAUCCGCGGUAACCAUGAGUCCCGUCAGAUCACACAAGUCUACGGAUUCUACGACGAAUGUCUCCGCAAGUACGGUUCGGUAACGGUAUGGCGUUAUUGUACGGAAAUUUUCGACUACUUGUCGCUGUCGGCAAUCAUCGAUGGAAAGAUUUUCUGCGUGCACGGUGGUCUGUCACCUUCGAUUCAGUAUUUAGAUCAAAUCCGUUCGAUUGACCGGAAACAGGAGGUACCGCAUGAUGGACCCAUGUGCGAUCUGCUGUGGAGUGAUCCGGAAGAUACCCAUGGUUGGGGAGUUUCGCCUCGUGGGGCCGGUUAUCUUUUCGGAUCGGAUGUCGUUUCACAGUUUAAUGCAGCCAACGAUAUCGACAUGAUCUGCCGCGCCCAUCAGCUUGUUAUGGAAGGCUACAAAUGGCACUUUAAUGAAACUGUUCUGACUGUUUGGUCUGCACCUAACUACUGCUAUAGAUGCGGUAACGUUGCGGCAAUUUUGGAACUGAACGAAAACCUGCAACGCGAUUUCACAAUUUUUGAAGCUGCUCCUCAGGAAAGCCGUGGAAUUCCAUCGAAGAAACCGCAGGCCGACUAUUUCUUAUAAAAGCGGACAAAGGCCUGCCGAUGUACGAUCCAACACCACCACGGUCAACGAUGACGUCCUAUGGCACCAGGUUCAGUUCCUGGCCGUUAUAUACUUAAUUGGAACAUGAACUUCAAAAACGUCAUCUUUUCCUGUAUGCGCCCUACCCUUAUCGACUGUUCGAAUGUCCCUUCUACCUUAUCACGAUCCUGCUCCGACGUUCCAUCUCUUUGCCGACAGGUAUGUAGUACUGUGUAGAAUUUUAAUAUUUUAGGCUGCAUAAAUCGGAUCAAUCCGCUUCUAUUGUUUUUUUUUAUCAUUGCUGUCACCUUUUUUUUAAAUUAUCACUUGUAGAUUAUCGAAGAUAAGUAUACUGGACUGUAAUAGGAAACGAAAUAUGUCUUGUGUUAUUAAAGAAGAUAUACUCAAAACCUAUCACAAAUCAAGAUAGAAAGAGCAUUGUGUAUAGAAACAAAGAAGGAUGCGUUUAUUAUUUUGUUAGUUUAAUAUUCCUUCGCUGGUGGAAUGCAAAUUAAAUUGAGUUUUGUAAAACAUGACGAUUGCUAAAUUGGAAAAGGACUCAACUGCCUAUCGAGAACGAGAAUGAAGGAGGAAUAGAAACUACGCAUAAUAUAAUAAAACUAAAACAGAAUAAAACAACCCAUUACUAUUACAACAGUUAGUAUUUAUAUUAUGGUAGAACAGUAAGCUAUUGUAUUACAAAUGAUGCGGCAGAAGAAAGCUAUUUGCUUUGCGGGAAUAUUCCAGUUUAGUUUCAAUUUUCUGACACACACACACAUACCCGAGAAAAAGAAAUCGAAAACCAAUCAGCUUCCGAUGUGCCUGUUGAACAACAUUUCGAGGAACUACCAUCGGAUUGUGGGACAACAAAAUACAAUAAACCAACGGCAAACCGCGGUGUGACAACCUACUACAACACUUGAAAUGGUGAAUAGUAUGAGUUAUUAGUACAUAAUAUUAUUGUUUCUUUCAAACAGUAAUAGUAAGGGAGAUCAAACAGUAAGCAUUAAAGUCGAAACAUACAUACAUAGACAAACACAUCUUCUAUAAUAAUAGUUUACGACGUAAAGUGAUACAAAUGAUAAAUCUUGUAUAAGACAACA